UAAACAUCGAGAAUAGAAUUAAUAUAGUGAAAUGGUUUAAAUAUUGCUUGGUUAGACUAACGCUAUGAUCCGAAAGUUUAAGCAGGCUUCGGAUGAUACCUGGAAGCCGAGCUCAAGCCAUGUGCGGAAUACCCGGACUCGGAUUGAUAUGCAGUCCCCACCUUUGCCGAACUGCCCGCGAUUUAACUCUUGCUUACCUCUACUAAACUAGAAGUCUAUCCUUCAACAUCACUCUUAUAACUCCGUCAGAGGCCAUACAUAUAUGUACACCAUACUUUGAGUAUCCACGAUAUUGCCUUCUUAUUGCGUAGCUGGUAUUCGUCAAUUUAAAAACCAAUGGACUUCGUCAACCAUCGCGUGGCCCAAGAGGCCGCUAAAGACCCCUCUGAGAUCUACACCGGUCUCGUCACGCCUCUCAAUGUCAUACUCCUCCUCAUCACCCUAUACACGACGUACCUACUCUACAAACCCUCCCCUCCAGUAUCGUUUCCGCGCGAGCCGCCUGCCAUCGUCUUCCGGACCUUCACCCCACGCACCCUGCUACACUUCAACGGAGAAGACGGCAAGCCGGUGUACCUAGCGGUUCGCGGCCGCGUCUUCGACGUCACGAGCGGUCGUAACUUCUACGGUCCCGGCGGCCCCUACGAGAACUUUGCCGGUCGCGAUGCUUCGCGCGGCCUUGCUUUCCAUAGCUUCGACGAGGAGAUGCUAACUAAGGAUCUCGAUGGACCUCUAGAUAAACUCGAGGGUCUUGGACCUGAGGAGUGGGAGAGCUUGCAGGGCUGGGAGGAGAGAUUCAACAGCAAGUACAUGAUUGUGGGGAAGCUGGUUGCUGCCGCUGAUGCGUAAAAUGGUCUCGACGAACCUGCGGAGCCUACGGAGGCUAUAUUAGCUAGGAUGGAUUAUGGUAAUGUUCUUGAGCGCUCGGUCUUUUAUGCACGGCUAGUAUUGGCUUUCACUACUAUUUACAGACGGAAAAUGAAGGUUUUUUAUCUAUGAAGAUGCUCAAUCAAGUUCAAGCUCGUGCUGAUAUUAAGUUGCUUUAAUUGUUUGCAUGCCUAGAAAGCUUCAUUGCCUAAUGUGUAUUAUGACAGAUCAUAAC